AUGAGCGCGACGCGGUACACGCGCGAUGAGGUCGCGAAGCACAACACCGCGGAGUCGAACUGGAUCAUCAUCGACGACAAGGUGUACGACGUCACCAAGUUCGCGCGGUUCCACCCGGGCGGGAAGGCGUUCGUCGACGCCAGCGCGGGGAGCGACGCGACGAAAAACUUCUACGCUUUCCAUCGCCAAGACGUCCUCAAGUCCAUGGCGUCGAAGUACCUCAUCGGAACCCUCGUCGACGCGCCGAGCGCGAAGAAGGCGAGCGUGACGCUGAAGCCCGGCGAGCUCUCGAAGGUUCCGUACGCGGAGAGCGGCGCGUUUCAGGGGCUCCCGAGCUCGUUCUACGACGAGAGCCAUCAUCGAUUCCGCGCGGACCUCCGAAAGUUUUUCGACGAGCGCGUCGUCCCGGACGCGGCCGCGAACGACGCGGCGGGGAAACCGCCCCCGCACGAGCUCUGGAAGGAGAUGGGCAAGCGCGGGAUGCUCGCGAUGCGCAUACAGAACGGCCCGUGGCUCGAAGACCUCGUGCAGAACUGCGGCGUCGUCCUCCCGGGAGGGAUAACCCCGAAGCAGUUCGACUGCUUCCACGAGCUCAUCGCGCACGAGGAGUUCUGCCGCCUCGGCGUGCCCGGAUACUGCGACGGCCUGGGCGCCGGGUUCGUGAUCGGCAUUCCGCCGGUGCUGCAGUUCGGCAACCCGGAGCUCGCGCGCAAGGUGGGGAGGGAAGUCCUCCUCGGCGAGAAGCGCAUCGCGCUGGCCAUCUCCGGCCCGGAGGCGGGCUCGGACGUCGCGGGGCUGACGUGCACGCCGUGCGGCAAGUUUUACGUCGUCAACGGCGUGAAAAAAUGGAUCACGAACGGGCACUUCGCGGACUACUUCGUCACCGCGGUCCGCACCGGCGGGCCCGGCGUCGGCGGCGUGUCGCUCCUCCUCGUCGAGCGCUCCGAAGGCCUCGAGACGAAGCCGAUCAAGACGUCGUAUUCGCCGUCCGCGGGUACCGCGUACGUCACCUACGACGACGUGAAGGUCCCCGCGGAGAACCUCCUGGGCGAGGAGAACGGCGGGUUCAAGUGCAUCAUGCAUAACUUCAACCACGAGCGGUGGUACAUCGUCGCGGGCGCGAACCGCGCGUCGAGGCUCGUCGUCGAGGAGUGUUACAAGUGGGCGAAUCAACGCGUCGUGUUCGGAAACCCGCUGAUCGCGCAACCCGUCAUUCGAAACAAACUCGCGCGCAUCACGAGCCUCGUGGAGGGCGUGCACGCGUGGCUGGAGGCGAUCACGUACCAGAUGCAGCACAUGACGCACGCGGAGCAGGCGAACCACCUCGCCGGGCCGAUCGCGCUUCUGAAGUUGUUUUGCACGCGGAGCGCCAACGUCGUGUCCGACGAGGCGUGCCAAAUUUUCGGCGGACGCGCCAUCACCCAAACCGGGAUGGGGAAGGUCGUGGAGCAGUUCCAGCGCAGCGCGAAGUUCGCGGCGAUCUUGGGCGGGAGCGAGGAGAUCAUGGCGGAGCUGGGGGUGAAGCAAGCGAUGCGGGGGUUUCCCAACGCGCGGCUGUGA